AUGACCAUUCUUGGGGAAAUUAUAAACUGGGUGGCAUUAGACUAUGAGCAGCAAGUUCAGCACCAUUUGAUUGUUCUGGUAACAGACCAUGGGGUCCCUCAACAUAAUGCUACCAUAUCUGUUUAUAUCUCAGUUAUGGAUCUCAAUAACAACCAUCCAUGCUUCUCCCAGGAUCUACUACGUUUCAAGGUUUUAGAAAGGCAACCAGCAGGAACAUUAGUUGCCAGUAUAUUUGCCAAAGACCUUGAUUCUGGAAACAAUGGAAUAGUGCUGUAUUCGUUAUCCUCAGAAAAUUUGGGAACUACCAAAGCUCUUUUAUACAAUUGGCAUUCAAACUACCGAAUGGUAAUCACAGCAAUUGACAAGGGAGAUCCUUUUCUUCAAGGGGAAACAGUCAUCAGUAUUGAGGUAAUACCUCUUGCCAAAGGAAUAUCUUAUUCUUCUCAAUACAUCAGACAUUUUGCCAUACCAGAAAAUUUUAGAUCUGUUCAGAUCAUGGGCUCUUUAAAAAUCCCUGAUCGGCGAGAAGGAAUCAAUUUCCUACUUAAAUAUGACAUAUUGCCAGGACCUGCAUAUGAGAAUUUUCAAAUAAACUCAAAUACUGAAGAAAUUAAAACAGCCACCUCGCUUGACAGGGAAAUUCAAGAGGUUCUUCAUAUUAAAGUGCUUGUUCAAGAUGGGGGCAGUCCCUCUUUAUCCAGUACAACCUCAAUUAUCUUUAGAGUACUAGAUGAAAAUGAUCAUACUCCUAAGAUCAUCUUUCCAGUUUCUGAUAUUCUGGAGAACCAACUGCCUUCAACAGUAACAACUCUCCAAGCUGUGGAUGAUGAUAUAGCUAAUAACGGAAUUGUGCAAUAUAAAAUAAUUGGUGGUAAUAUGGGAAGAUACUUUGAUUUGCACAAAACUUCAGGAGACCUUUUCACUACUUGCAGUUUGGACAGAGAGAUAGUCAAUAACUUUACCUUGGUCAUAGAGUGUUUUGAUUUAGGCAAUCCAGCAAGAAGUUCUGUUAUGGAACUACAAGUCAUAGUCCUGGAUGAAAAUGACAACAGCCUUUUAUUUACAAGUCAUUAUCAAGCAAUUAUAAGUGAAGAUAUUGAAGAAAAGUCAUCAGUUCUUGAACUGCUUGCUGUAGAUGCAGAUGAAGAUCCAAAUGGAAAAGUUGUAUAUACUCUAAUGGAUGAAACUCUUGGAUUGUUUACUAUUAACAGAACUAUGGGUGAAAUUACAGUAAAACGUACUGAAUUUCUUGACUACGAAAUCAAAAAGGAAGUGCAUUUUACAGUUUUAGCUGAAAAUGGCAUUGCUUCAGCAGUGUGUGGUAUGACGGUACUCUUACAGGACAUUAAUGAUAAUGCACCUCAGUUUGAACAAAGCUAUGUCAGAGCAUCUGUUUGGGAAGGCCAAGCCGAUGAUACAUAUAUUACAAGGUUGGUUGUACAAGCUGCUGACAGAGGAAUUCGGCUAUUUAGUAUUUGCACAGUAGAGGUAGAAGUUGUGGAUAUCAAUCAUAAUGGCCCAACAUUGCAGCCAUUUGAUGUUAUCCAUCUCUCUGAAAGUACGUCAUUUGGAUUCCUAGUGAUACAAGUAGUUGCAGAUGAUACAGAUUUAGGCCCACCUCUUCACUACAGUUUUGCUGAAGGCUAUAAUCAUGGAAAUAAAUUUGCAAUCGACCAAUUGAAGGGAACAAUUACACUGGUGAAGGCAUUAGAUUUUGAAAUAAAUACUCAUCUAGAACUUUGUAUCAACAUUUCUGAUUCUGUGCAUCAAACCAUCAAACGACUUCAAUUUCUUAUAUCUGAUGUCAAUGAUAAUCCUCCAGUAUUUAUUCAGGAUGCCUAUCAGGUGAUUAUACCUGAAUUUAGGUACCUAGAUGACUCUGUCUUGACUGUGCAUGCCACAGACAAAGAUUCGGACCACAACGGAAAGAUAUUCUACAGAAUGGUUUCUGUCUCUGAUACAUUUUUUAUUGAUCCACAAAAUCACUUAAAAACUUUUGAAAUGAUGAGUUUUUCAUCUUUGUGCAAUACAGAAAGUGGAAAAUAUGAGUGUUCACUAUUUCUUGUUAAGCCAUUGAACCAUCAGUUCAGUAAUCCAGAGAUUCAUCUCCUUGUAGAAGCCAACGACCAUGGAAAUCCUCCUUUGACUGCUAAGACUUCUGUUACAGUGCAGAUACAGGUUCUGAAUCCUUACAUUCCUCUGUUUACCCUGGCAACCUAUAAUUUUGCUAUAAGUGAAAAUGCUUCAGUUGGAGAGAACAUGUUCACAUUCUCAGUUAAUGACCAAGGUAGAAAUCAUCAAGGCACCAAUGUUGGGUAUUCCAUCAUUGGUGGCAAUAAUGGUAAUAAAUUCUAUUUGAAAAAGCUUGUCUUUGGGGCAGAAUAUUUAGAUCAAACGAUUGGAAAUCUUGUUUUGAGAAACACCCUAGAUCAAGAGAAGUGUUCAUCUUAUAAGUUGUUAAUUCUUGCAUCUGAUCAUAGAGCUGCUCAUCUAAAUUCUACAACUACUGUGUCAAUUGCCAUUUUAGAUGUUAAUGACAAUCCACCUGUAUUUACAAGUUUGGAAUAUCAUGUUCAUGUCAGGGAAGAUUUUCCAGUUGGUAAUUACAUUACUUCAGUGUCAGCCUAUGAUUAUGAUGCUGGAACUAAUGCAGAUAUCACAUACAGUAUUGCCUCUGGAAAUGAUAAAGGGCACUUCCAACUACAAGGUAAAACUGGCUCAAUACAACUGAUCAGAGCUCUAGAUUACAAGGAUGCUACAUAAUUCAACUUGACAGUUCAAGCUUCUGACGGAGGAAUAGUUAUAAGAAAUGUGGCUUUUGCUGUUGUUUUUAUUAGUGUCCUUGAUGCUAAUGAUUAUGUCCCCGUAUUUGUUUUUCCAAACCUCAAAUGUGGUAUACAUGAAAAUAUGGCUGCUUUUUCCUCUGUUUGCACAAUUUCUGCCCUAGAUUUUGAUACUGGCCCAUUUGGUUAUCUUUCCUACUCUAUCCAGUCAUCUUGCUUGUCUAGUCAUGGAUAUCUUGGAGAUCAUAACCUGUUUAUAAUAGAUUCUUUGUCUGGAAAUAUCCGCACCAAGCAGGUGCUUGACUUUCAACAUCAGAGUAAGUACUGUUUCAUUGCACAGGCAAAAGAUAAAAGCAAUUGCACAGCAACUGUUACUGUUCAGGUUAAUGUUGAAGGAUUAGAUGAAUUUGAACCUGUGUUCAACCAAGAUGAAUAUUUAUUUUAUUUUACCGAGAAGAAUGAAGCAGGGCAGUUGAUUGGUGAUGUAAAAGCAUCAGACUGUGAUGGUGGAUUGGAUGGUGUUGUUUAUUAUACUUUGUUAGAACAAUCUCCCUUCUUUUCAGUGAAUGUUAAUUUGGCUAGAUCUUUUCACAAAAAAAGAAGCAGCAUGAAGAAGAAAGGUGACACUUUUAAACUACUAAUAAAAGCUCAUAGUCCCAAACAGGAUUCAAAGUUCAGGACCUGCACAGUUCUGAUAAAUUUUUCCAGUAUCCCUGAGAGUUAUCCCACAUUGCCAGCAGCUAACCUGUCUGUUAGCAUUGCCAUCUCUAUCAUAGUAUUUUUGUUUAUUGCCAUCUGCCUUGCUGUGCUUAUUGGUAGAUAUGUACUAAAAGAUUCCUGCAAGUGCAGCCUGAAGAAAGAGAUGCCAUGCCCCCCGGUUAUAGAUCUAAGCAUGCAUAGACAAAAAAUCUCAUCUAAACAUUUCCAAAAGCCCCAAAUCCAUGGAACAACUACUCUUCCUUUAGUGUGCAUAGUUGAUUGGCUAAGUUUGCUUGGCACCAGGGAUAAGAGAAAUCUUGAUAGUGUUUGUGUACAAUCCAACUCACAUCGUCAUGGAUCAAUAGAAGGUGAAAUUGGAGAAGAUGUGGAACUAAAAAAGGCCAAUGAACAUCCUUGUAGGAAGGAUACUAGAUCUGCUUUAAGUGACAAAUGCUCAUUUAUACCAGAUUCAGGAAUUCCAAGGGGUUCUCAUGUCAUAACAGUUAAAGAAAUUGAGAUAAUGACAGCUCUCACAAUGGAAUAUAUUGUAGCACCUGAUGCCAAAGAUCUUGUUACUAUAGUAAACUCUGUUAAAGAUCUUGGAAAGAAUUAUAACUGGAAUAGUUUGCUGAACUGGGAACCCAGCUUUAAGCCUCUUGCUUCUGUGUUCAGUGACAUUGCAGAAUUGCAGGAUGAAAUAUUGAAACGCAUACUUUUCCGAAAGGGAACAAAUCUUACAUUUUUUCCUCCUCCUUUGCUUGCUUCUACAGCUCAACCUAAUUUAAAGUCAUUUUUCUCACAACUGCCAACUUCAUUGCCAGAUGUAUUUUUUUUUAAAUCUCCCCGUUCACCUGAUAUCCAUCAUUUGAAAUCUCCUUCAGCACUUAUAACCCCAAAUUUUUCACCUUGCCUAUCUCUGCUGACAAGGCAGACACCUACAACAACUCCAAUUGCUUCGUAUCUUAAUCUGAAGGGAAAAAGUUCCAGUUGGUCAGCCGGCGAACUUUCAGCAGAGGAAGAAAUGUAA